AUGUGGCUCUCGGUGCCAUCAACAGACAGCCUCACCCGGCCGCGCAUCGCCGUCGCCGUCGUCUCCGCCAUCGCCGCCCUCUCGGUCAGCUACUACGCCUACCAGGCCAAUCAAGACAUCUACGACGAUGGCGUCGGCGGCCCCGGCCUACACCGCAGCAAUGCCGUCCGCCGCACCCACAGACGACCCCGCCGAAACUCGCUGUCCUCCGAGGGCUCCCACGCCGACGAAAACGCCGAACUGGAUGCCAUCAACCCUCUCAACGACGGCGAUACGAUAGUCGACGGCGGCACUGUCGACGAGUGGUGGAAUGACCCCAACGCUAUGCAACCUCAGGCCCGCGCCGGGCACAACAUCGUCAGCCUGCUGUUUAGGGUCUCGGAAGACAAUGCUCGGCGCAACGCCUGCGUGCAUAGGGGCUGCGCGUGUAAUGCCUGCGGUAUGGUUCCCAUUCGCGGCGUCCGCUACCGAUGUGCCAACUGCGCCGACUUCGACCUCUGCGAGACGUGCGAAGCGCAGGGCGUCCACAUCAAGUCGCACAUCUUUUACAAGAUCAAGGUUCCCGCUCCUCCGUUUGGUCCUAGGCAGAUGCAACCCGUUUGGUACACCGGCGAUCCCGAAUCCUGUCAGAGGAACCUGAACCGAAGUCUGAUCGCAAGGCUCAGCAAGGAGACCGGCUUCGAGAGGCCCGAGAUUGAGGCUUUCUGGGAGCAGUUCACUUUCAUGGCCUGCACGGAAUGGCGUGACGAUCCGGACGAGCUUCAGGUUGCGAUGGACAAGAAGACGUUCGAACGUUGCCUGGUACCCUCUGGUGGCUCUCGACACGCGACGCCGAAUCUGAUCCACGACCGCAUGUUCUCUUUCUACGACACAAACAACGACGACCUGAUUGGCUUCACCGAGUUCCUGCAUGGACUGGCGUAUCGCAAGCGGAAGGACAAGUUGCGCAAGAUCUUCGAGGGCUACGACAUCGACGGUGACGGCUUCGUCAAUCGACGCGACUUCCUGCGCAUGUUCCGCGCGUACUACGUCCUCUACAAGCAAAUGCACCGCGACAUCCUCGACGGCUUGGACGACCAGCUCAUGGGAAGCGUUGAAGCCACCCAGUUGGUGACUAGCAGGCAACCUCUGAGUAGUCUCUUUGGCCGCGAGGGCAGAGUACCGCGUGCUGAUGGCAACAACCGCAGCGAGGGGAAGAUCUUCCACGCCAACGGAGAUGUCGAGUUGGAGCCCGGCAGGCAAGGCGUCGUCGGCGCGGACAAGGGCGAUACGUCAACGCGAGAGGAUGUCCUGACCAGACUCUUUGCACCUUACAUCGGCAGCCCUUUCUCGGGCCAGAUGCGAUCUCCUGACAGUGAACCCGAUACCCCAUACUGGGAUGCCCUACUGAAUCCACCGACCACCAUCGACGAUCUCCCGGAUAUCCUGAGUGGACAGCGUCGCGAACAAAACGUGGUUGACCUUGACUUUGAACUCGAGAUGGGUAGCUCAGAUGAUGAAGACGAUGUGAACAAUAACUCGGACGCGGAGAAUAGGAGUUCGACUGGUGCCGUCGCUGCCCAGGCGAAUGGCUCGGAGAAUAACGAUAGAAGAGUGGACUCCGAACAGUUUUCAAAUAGCAUGCCUACAGAAAGUCAACUGCGGGCCCAAGUAAUCAACCAUAGGAGGCAGAUGGCCCCCGGAAUCGAGAAAAGGCGACGACAAGCCGCCAGGAAGCAACUACAUGACAGAUGGAAGCGGAGACAAUUCUACCUCGACGAAGAAGAAGGUGGCCUGGCCCCUGAUGGCUGGCAAUCUGAGGAGGACGUUCUGGUUAGUCUCAACGGCGUGGCCGAGAGCUCCAAGGCGGCGCAGCAACCAUUGCUGUCCCCUCGCUCCAGGUCGUCGUCAAAGGUCCGCUUCGCCGAAGACAUGGACGACUACGACACGAGAUCCAACCCCUCAACGUCCUCUAGAAGCGUGCCUGAACGUUGGGGUGGUUUCGAGAUCCCAGACGAAGAGCGCGACGCUGGCAAGGAGAUUCUCUACCAGGUCACCCAGCAAGCCUUCAACGAGCUGCUCGACGCCAUCUUCAAGGACAAGGAGGACUUGGCCGUCAAGGCAGCGGCGACGCGGUCUAAGAGAGAGAAGCACAGGGCCUUGUUCGAGCACCUCACGGUCGACGAGCCGAAGCCAAAAGCGACCGAGCCGCGACAGCCUCGCAAGGCGCUCGAUGAGAGCAAGCCGAUUGCCGAAAGGUCUCUGGAAGAAUUACUCUUGACUAGUGGUUACAGAGUUGACGGAUCUGGCGACGGAGACGACACCAACGCUGUGGAGGAGCCUGAGAGGGUCGUUGAGGAAAUCGACACGGACAACGACGACAACGUCGAGGAGGAGACCGUGGCGGUCGUUGAGGAAGUCGAGUACCGAGAUCCCACCAUGCCCCAGUUCCGCCCUAACAGCGAUGCGCCCAUUGACAUCCCGAUCCCAUCAGACGCUACUCCGCCGUCCUCUGAUGAUUCAUCCUCGUCGAAGAAGAGCUUGAAAUCAGCAAUGAAGAAGAAGUCGGGCAAAUCGUCGAAGGAAUCAGGCAACAGCAUCCCCGACUUCAUCCUCCAGGAUUGGAAGCGUUUCGACCUCGCGGAGAAGGAGGCCGCCGACCGCGGCGGCUGGGGCAAGCUCAGCUUCGAGGAAUUUGAGGAGAUUUACAAGAGCCAGGAGAACGCCGGCAACAGACUCGACUAUCUGGGUAGCUGGGUCGACUUCUGCAUACCCUAG